CUUUUGUAUAGUGUUAUACAGCAUGGAGGUUAGGUGGCGUCGACGAUUCGACGAUAUACCGUUGCCGUCAAAUAUUCUUGAGUACUCUGUUCAAAGGUUACUUUAUCCGGAGCACAUAACAAGGUAUGUUUCGGAUACCAAAGUCUACAAUGCCUACAUCUACUGCAUCAACAGUUACAAAGCGUCCAAAACAGAUCCAAAAUUGUCUCUAUGCAUCCUACGAAUGCACGCAACCAUGCCUAGAAGGAUACUCGUAUUGCGCUAAGCAUAUUCUCGAAGAUUCCAGUGCCCCUUAUAAACAGUGCGCUUUUGUAUACAAUACCAGUGGAAGAAAAUGUCAAAAUCCAGCCCCAAAAUUGGAUAGGAGGGAUAUCUCAUACUGUGGUGAACAUUCUAGAAAAGCGCAAAUUGCGCGAAUUAAAUCUAUGUCGCGACGUUCUUUGCCACAAACACCCGAGAUGCUACUGCUUAAUUUAAGCCAUUAUGCCAAGCCCAUCGAUUCUAGUGCCGAAGAUACAGAAGAUGAAAGAAGAAAAAUUAGAGCUCUGGAUCCUUUCACCGAAGUUGAUGCUUACAGAGUAAAUGCAAGUGGGAGUGACAUCUUAGAUUAUGCCAGUUCGUCAGAGAGUGACGUCGAACCUACAGUUGUCAAUGAUACUCUGAGAGGGGUUUAUCUUGAUGACAGCGACAAUGAAAGUUUACACAGUCCACAGGAGGAUCCUCUAAAUAUCAAUUUUUUAAGGCACGCUGGUAUUUUUACCGCGGAAGAAGUAGUCUAUAUCGCAAGAGAGAAAUUGAUUAGGCUCCAGUCCCUUUACAUUGAUCAAUUUAGAAGACUGCAGUAUAUAUUGAGGGAAAAAAGACGAAAAUAUCUGCUUGCUCUGAAGAAAGAAAAGGAAACAUUUUGUAGUAUACAUGAUCAGACCAAGGAGACUGCGAAAGAGAAGAAACUUUACGAAAAGUUAAAAGCUUUAAAUCGUUAUCACAGACGAAGUGGGGCUGAAGCAAUACUUUAUAGGAAAUCAUUAGAACGUCGCGCACAGGUAACUGAGCCAACUCAGAAACCGCCAAAUAUGUCCAAGUGCGUGUUUACUGAAGGUGGCGUGAAAUGCGGUGAAAGAACUCUUCCAUCGGCUAAACAUUGUCGCAAACAUAUUCUAAAGGACCAACAUCAAGUUUUAUUCAAAGCAUGCGGAGCGGUACGGGCGGAUAUAGAGUGUCACGAACCUGUGCCCGUUAUUUUCGAUUCUAACUGUGUUUUUCAUAUGAACUUGCCGCCGUCGUGUAAACUUGAGCCUAUGAAGUGUGAAGAGGAGAAGCUUACAACGCGGGAAGUGCCAAUAAUUGACAAUCAAUCGAUGGACAUCGAUGUAGUGGGCGAGGCGCAAGAAAUCGAUCCUGACGACGAUAUGGCAGGAUUGAUGAGAGAAAUGAAUGACUCCGCUCAUAUAAAACCAUCGUUUGCAAACGAGAGUUUAAACAGCGAGACUAGUACGGACACCGCGUUCAGUUUAUCUGCGCAGAUGAGUGAUCGGGACGAUUUCGUUACCGUAUGACAAAAUAUUUUUCUGUGAUUUUUAAAUUGCAAUGUCUGUUAAUUUAUCGUUGUUCGAUUGAUAAAAAUUAUCAGGGAUAAUUUGCUGAAAUGCUUUUCCCUGUUUAUUAUACUCGUGUGUAGUAUCGAAAUUUUCUCGCUCGAAUACAGAGUGAUUCCAACAACAGCAUAAUUUAUUUUCACAUGUAACCGUUUAUAUCGAAUACUAUCAAUUGUUAAUAUUUGUACAUAAUAUGAGAAAAUUAGAAAGAGAUCAUACAUAUGGAUAAUAUAGUUAAAAAUUUUAACAUGUAUUUAAUUAUUUUAAUAGAUGGAAAUAUUAUUAAAGUGUCAAUAAUAUUAAUUUAAAUUUAUAAUGUAUUGGCAAACGUGAUUAACAAACUCAAGAUUUAUGAAAAUAAUUCAUAUUCUAUUGUACAAUAGAAAUUUCAUGAAUAAUUUCUUUUAUAUAAGAAUGUACAAGAAAAUAUAUCUUUAAUAAUCUAAUUUAGGGAAACGAAAACAAAUUAGUCUUUUAAUUUUAUUAUUAUUUAAAUAAAACAAUCAACUUUCUAUUUUCUAUAGAUGAGUUCCCCUCUUAAUCAUUUUCAUCAUAUGAAAUAUGCCCCACAUUCUAGAGCUGUUAAUACUAAGAGAUACUUAGGAUAUUAAUCUGUUAUUUAAUUAUUUCAAGUACUAUAUAAAUAAAAAAGAUACAUUUGAAGACUAGUGUUAACAAAAUCACACAUUUAAGCUUUCUUUUAAUGUAAUAAAAUGCAACUUGUGUUAUAAA